AUGCACUCGGCCACACCUGCAGACAGAUUCGGUCCUGAUGUGAAGUGGAACACCAUCGUUUUCUUUCACAAGCUGGUAUUAGAACAGUGGGAGCGGAUUGAAUGGCUCUCACCUUUCAUCAUUUCUCAAGAUUUCAUCAACGGCGUGGAAGCUGCAAUGCAGCGCAAAGCACCCUAUUUAAGGAGCUUUGCUCUUCCAAUAUUUUACUAUCCUGACGAUUCGUCUACGGGCACUAUGUUUUCAAACGACGCUCCCCGUCUCCGGUCAUUUCGUGCCACAAAUGGUAAAUGCAAUUUCGACCCAGUCUGGAUGUCCAACCUGAAUACGCUUUGCCUGGGGGGGGAAAUCACCAGCAAGGAAGUGUGCAGCAUCAUAGUGCAUUUACCAAAUCUCAAAUCACUAGAGCUCGAACGACAUAAAGUCAUUAAAGGAUUUCGAAUACCAAAAAUUUAUCUCCCCAAGUUACGCACACUUAUACUGGAUGAAUGUCUUUACCUGCGAAGGAUUACCAAACCUCCCGGAUGCUCGCUUGUUCUAAGAGGAUGGGACCAGAAGCCAAUCGACUUGUUUGAUGAAUGCCGCGAUAGAAUCGCCGAUACCAUUAUCCACAGCUUAUCUUUAUCCCCAACACGUUUCAUGGCUUUGGACUUCCAGUCUCAUUUCAAGCUCAGGAUGUGGGAUAGGCAAUUUCCAUAUCGCAACCCCGAGGCAGAAUUCUUCGACAUACAGUUAUUUCGUCGAGGUCCCAUAUAUCUUCAAGAAACCAUAUUUCCUGGACUUUUGUACAGAUUGACCUCCAUUUUUUCAACUGUCAAUACUCUGCUUAUACGUUUUAAUGAAGGGUCGAGUAGUGCUGCCUUUGAGUCAAAACACACCCUAAAGCGGUUCAUAACGUUCUUUUCGUCCGUUGAGAAGCUGUAUAUCAGUGAAAAGGACCUAGGAAUUUUGUUAGAGGAUACCGUUGAGUUGGAUGAAUCACCCUAUCUCCCAAGUUUGCAAACUCUGGCUCUCUUCGGUGAAUGGGAUCCUAGUAAAGCAACUUACACUCGCCGAUUUCUGAGAUGGCGACAAACAAAAGACGCCCAAAUUUCAACGUUGGACCUCUCGAGGUGCACUAUACUCGAUACAGCUUGCCACCUAUGCAUGCUGGACAAAUUUGCGGGCAUCAAGUUGGUGUGGACAAAGGACGGUGGAAAAUCCGAGUACAAAUGUGGAAGUUGGCACGCAUCAUGUACAGUGCCUGUAUCACUUCGUGAGCAACUGCAAGAAGUUUGGAUGUUAGGAAACACCAUGUUCAAAUAUUUCUCUGCCAAUGACUCCAUUAGUUGA